ACAGAGCACUGGGCAAAACAACAGCUCCCGUAUUAGCGUUUAGCAUUAGCCUUCGCUGCGUAGUGAGGUAGUGUCCGAUGAACGAAACGAUAUCAUGUUAAAAUAGCUAACUUGGAUAUAUUUGGGUAACAAUACACUAGUUCUGGUGUUUAUUGCCACGCCCGGGAUCGUGGUGACAGGAGUUGCCUUGUCGUUUUUCACCGCAGAGCUUCAGGCUAACUAAAGCUAACAUUUUCAGAUCCAACCUCAGACAUGGGGUCCAUAUUAAGCCGUAGAAUCGCUGGUGUUGAGGAUAUCGACAUCCAGGCCAACUCAGUUUAUCGAUUCCCACCUAAAUCUGGGAAUUAUUUCGCAAGCCAUUUCUUCAUGGGGGGAGAGAAAUUUGACACACCCCAUCCAGAAGGGUAUCUUUUUGGUGAAAACAUGGACCUAAACUUUCUUGGCAAUCGGCCAGUGCAGUUUCCAUACGUAACACCUGCUCCCCAUGAGCCUGUGAAAACCCUACGGAGCUUGGUAAACAUUAGAAAGGACUCCUUACGCUUGGUCAGGUAUAAAGAUGACUCUGAUACACCAGUGGAAGAAGGAGGGAAGCCCAAAGUUCAGUACGGAGUAGAGUUCACCUUUGAUGCUGAUGCACGCGUUGCCAUCACUCUGUAUUGCCAAGCCUUUGAAGAAUUCUCCAAUGGGAUGGCAGUGUACAGUCCCAAGGACCCAUCUAUGGUUUCUGAAACAGUGCACUACAAAAGAGGUGUGAGCCAACAGUUCUCGAUGCCGUCAUUUAAAAUAGACUUCAGUGAGUGGAAAGAGGAAGAUCUGAACUUUGACCUGGAUCGUGGAGUGUUUCCCAUGGUGAUCCAAGCUGUGGUUGACGAAGGAGACGAUUGUUUGGGGCAUGCUCAUGUGCUACUGGCAGCUUUUGAACGACACGUUGAUGGCAGCUUCUCUGUCAAGCCUCUGAAACAGAAGCAAAUUGUAAAGUGGGACCGUGUGAGCUAUCUUUUACAAGAAAUCUAUGGGAUUGAGAAUAAAAACAACCAGAAACCAAGGCCUUCAGAUGAUGAAAACAGUGACAACAGUAAUGAGUGCGUUGUAUGUUUGUCUGACCUGAGAGACACUCUGAUAUUACCGUGUCGACAUUUGUGUCUCUGUAACUCGUGUGCUGACACCUUGAUACCAGGCAACAACUGUCCCAUCUGCAGACUGCCUUUCAGAGCGCUGCUGCAGAUUAGAGCUGUGAGGAAAAAACCUGGUGCUCUGUCCCCUGUGUCCUUCAGUCCUGUUCUUGCCCAAACAAUGGACCAUGACGAACACUCAAGCUCAGACUCUGUGCCUCCUGGAUUCGAGCCCAUUUCUUUGCUGGAGGCUCUGAAUGGGCUGAGGUCUGUGUCCCCUGCAAUCCCAUCAGCCCCUCUUUAUGAUGAGAUCAACUUUUCUGGCGGCAUGGGAGGAGACAGAGGGCAGCUGAGCUCUCCAGAGCAUUUGAGCGACAGCAGCCUGCAAAAGAGCAAAGUCAGCAAGUCUCCUGACAGCACCCUGAGGUCUCCCUCCUCACCCAUCCAGGAGGAGGAUGAGGAGAAGCUAUCAGAGAUGUCAGAUGCCCAGCCACAUACUCAUCUCUCCAGCAGCCCAGCACCCACAGAUAAUACUGCUACAGAGGAUGUGGCCGAGUCCUUGUCUCCAGAUGAUGACGACAGACUGGCCGCGGGGGGAGACAUCCUUCAGGACUGCAGCAGUGAGCACAGCAGCUUGACCAAAACAGAGAGUGACCCUCAGGACCUCUCUCUCCCAGCUCUAGGUCCUGACUCAUGUUCCAUUGGUAUGGACGAGUAACUGGGUCAUCGGAGUCAACUGAAAGCCUGAAGAGUCAGAGCACUAACUGCUCCAGCCAGCCUCUAUUGUGUCCCACGAGUAACUAUCGUUUGGAGGACGAGCACCUCGACCCCUGAG